CUGAUAAAGGCCUCUUUGGAAACACCAAUGCCCAUCCAGUCUGUACAGAAGGCACCAGUGGCGUCCUCAAAGGUGCUCACAUCCUCCUCACAUGGAGCACCCAUGCAGGAGAAGAUGGAAGCUAGGCCCAAACUGAAGAUCCCUGAGCCAUUACGGCAGGAGCUGCUGCAGAAGAAGCCUUACACUCUUCUGUCUCUACAGAAGGCACCAGUAGCAUCCUCAAAGGUGCUCACACACUCCUCACAUGGAGCACCAAUGCAGGAGAAGAUGGGAGCUAGGCCCAAACUGAAGAUCCCUGAGCCAUUACGGCAGGAGCUGCUGCAGAAGAAGCCUUACACUCUUCUGUCUCUACAGAGGGCACCAGCAGCAUCCUCAAAGGUGCUCACAUCCUCCUCACAUGGAGCACCAAUGCAGGAGAAGAUGGGAGCUAGGCCCAAACUGAAGAUCCCUGAGCCAUUAAGGCAGGAACUGCUGCAGCAGAAGCCUUACACUUUUCUGCAUGGACCAUCCACGCCUGACACCUCCACAAAGAGGCAAAAUCAAAAGAUCCCUGAGCCUGAGAUAGCACCUGUUUGUUGCACACAGGGAGUACUUGUUGUUGACAAGAUCUCCGAGAUGAAAGAUCCUAAAAACCCUGAGCUCUUGAGGAAGGAUUCACAAAAUGAGUCUCCCGCAAAAGUCAGGAUCCCAAGGAAGCAGAGGGAGAAGUUGAGGGACUGGUGGGGGCAUCGGCAGAAGUAUAUGCAAAAGGGAGUGUCUGGAAGAAAGGAAGACCCCAGAAGGACGACCCCAGAGAGAACACUUUCUCCACCGUGUUCCCCACAGCAACCACAGAAGUCUCCCGAGGGAUCAUCCAUGUCCAGAUGGAGGAAGAGUGCGUCUCUAUGGAGCACAGAAGCUUCUGACGCAGGUCUGUGUCAGGCACCUCCACAAAAGCGCUGUGUGGAACCGAGGCCCUACAACUGUCCAGCCCCUCAGGACAGUGCAGGAGUGGACAGGUCCGCCACACAAGAAAAGCAGCAGAUGGCUAUCCAAGUCAGCAAUCAACAGUCAGAACCAGGCAGCUUCGACCAAAUGGACUAUUUAAGUCACAUAUUUGCUCAUUUUUGUAUAAUUUCCAAUGUUUAAUAUUUAUCUUGUUUGUAUAGGAGUACAUGUCUUAUGUGAAUACAUACAGACAGUAUAAUAAAAUUAUAUAUAAAAACUGUA